AUGCUGGAUAAGUUCAAUCUCGAGCGCAAAUCAUGCGUCAUUUACAUAUCGAUUGCCGUGACAGCCUUCAUGGGCUACAUGAUACUUGUGAGAAUAUUGCGUUACAAGCGCAUGGUCCAUAUCAGUGCUGCUUUCGUGCACGGGGGAAGAGAGUUGUCGAGCAUGACGACAGAUGAAGCACAUGAAAUCAUUUCCCAGCUCCAAGAGCUGGAGUUUCCGUACGCAUUUGGCAAAGCUCGCAAGAUCGCAUUAUUGAAGGCUGGAGCUAUUCCAUCCAUGUCAAAGCUCUUCGCAGUCACGGGUCAAAACAACAAGAAAAAUGCCGGGAAGCGCGCCGUUGACACGGAAAUUCUUCUCAGGGAGGCACAAUCCAAGCCUCGAGAUUCAGAUCGGUAUAUGCGCGCUGUGGCUAGAAUGAAUUAUCUUCACGCCCGGUAUCGCAAAGCGAACAAAAUCACGGACGACGACCUUCUUCAUACCCUUGGCGACGGGCUUUUCGAAAUUGUCAACAUCGUCGGAAGAGAGGAAUGGCGCGACUUGACAGAUGUUGAAUUAUGUGCUCUUGGGGUCUUUCACAAGAACCUAGGAGAAGACAUGGGUAUCCCUUUCCAUAACCUCCCUUCGAGUGAGGAAGGGUGGGAAAACGGGUUGGAUUUUGCAACCGAGUUGCAAAACUGGACAUUGCGUUAUGAAAAAGAAGUCGCCAAGCCUACCGCCACGAAUGACCAAUAUGUCAGAGUCUAUGUUGACUCUGCACUAUCAUCACUCCCUAACUUUGUACGAUCAGCUGUGCGCCAGAUGUUGGGAGCUAGUCUGGACGACGUUAUGAGAACGAGCUUGCAACUUGAGUCUCCCGGCCUAAUUUUGUCAACACUGCUCCGAUCAAUUCAGGAAGUACGGAAACUGUUUUUGAGACAUCUUGCACUCCCACGAAUCGAAGCAAUCAAGCUUGUCAAUGAGACACCCAAUGCGAACACGGGACUUUAUGGAUUUGGAAGGAAAACUCUCCAACCAUGGUAUAUGGAGCCCAGUUUCCAGUCUAGUUGGGGGCCCGGAGCCAUGCUCGUUAGAGCGUUGGGCGGUAAGGUGCCCGGCUCACGCGGAGACCGAUAUCACCCACAAGGUUAUAACUUGAUGACAAUCGGACCGGAGCCACAGAAAGAGAAAGGAGAGGAAGAUAUGUUGUCUGAUAUCGAAGUCAUCCGAGCUAGGACUAUGACGUCAUGUCCAUUCUCCCAGGCAAAGGGUGGUUUUAUGUAA